CCCGAGAAAAAAAAAACACUCUGAACGGAAGUCGCCGGCGCCGCCGCGGAGCAGCAGCGCAAGCACCAGCGAGGUCCGGCGAUCUCUGCGGCGCGAGGAUGCAUUCGUUCGGGCACCGCGCGAACGCCGUGGCGACGUUCGCGGUGACGAUACUGGCGGCCAUGUGCUUCGCCGCCUCCUUCUCCGACAGCUUCAACUCCCCCACCCCCACCGCCUCCGUCAAGAUCCUGAACAUCAACUGGUUCCAGAAAGAGGCCAACGCCAAUGACGAGGUUAGCAUGACGCUCAACAUCUCGGCCGACCUUUCGUCUCUCUUCACGUGGAACACGAAACAGGUGUUUGUUUUUGUGGCAGCUGAAUACGAGACUCCACAAAAUGCGUUGAAUCAAGUUUCCCUUUGGGAUGGAAUUAUACCUUCAAAGGAGCACGCCAAGUUCUUGAUCCAUACCACAAACAAGUACAGAUUUAUUGACCAGGGAAGCAACUUGAAAGGCAAGGACUUCAACCUGACGAUGCACUGGCACAUCAUGCCAAAGACGGGCAAGAUGUUUGCUGACAAGAUCGUCAUGACAGGGUACCGUCUGCCCGAGCAGUACAGAUAGACCAGCAGCGCCCUAUGUAUGCAUGGAAGCUGUGGUAUGCAAGAUGCAGGAUGGACUAGUGCUGAGCCUUCUUCCUGUCCUAAUCUAGUGGACUUGUAAACUCGUGAGCUUGUAUUCUAGACUGAAACCGUGCGAAACAUAGUUACAUUAACCGUUGAAAACCAACCUUUUGGAAGCA